GGUGCAACACCAUGGUGGCUCUAGGUCUCUUUUGGCAGCGACUCUUGCCAACUCAGUCGCAUUUUGGUUACGUUUUAUGGAAAAGAGCAGGCGGAGCUCACGAUUGGCGACUAAGGCGUUGUCUGGAGAAGACCCAACAAAUCGAAAUCUAAGCGUGUGCCCACAGAAGUCAACCACCAUCGUUAAGUAUGAGAAAUCAUCAUGUUUAUUCUGUAACGAGUGGUUUGAGGCCCAGACAUUUACGGAACAUCUAAUCCACUGCGGACAGGUGCUAGAGGAGUGUUCCAACGGCUGCCAAGCCUUCAUACCUCGAAUUCGCAUGCGCUCCCAUUUGAAGGAAUGCCCCCGAUCCAAACAGCUCCAGAACCAGCGCGGUAGCGUUACUAUGGACCACCAAGAGCAUUCCGUGCACCGCUUACAGGUGCUGGAGCAAGAUGUGGGUGCCAUACGUUCAGUGCUCAACGAGGAGAUUAGGCAACGUCUACAUCUCAUUACCGAUGUGGGAAACAUCAGAAAACAGAACCAGGUCGUCGAUGAUUGGACUCGAGAAAUGGAGGAGGAAGUCGGAGGCCUUCGACGCCAGCUGGAAGACGAAGUUUCGCAGCGAAGUUUUGUUGCCGAGCAAAACCGACUAGAUGUCCAGUACUGCUGCGAUAUUACUCGCUCCCUGAAAGAUCAAGUUGAAGCGCGUCUUGAUGAAGCCGAGAAGCUUGUUAAUCAGCUAACUAUGGACGUUAACAUGCAUCAGAAUCAGUUGAACGACAACAUCCUUAAAUUAGAGGAGAUUAUUUUCGAGAACGAACGGUUGAAUCGCGACAAGUUCUUUCAGAUAGAAGAGUUUAUGCAACAGAUCAAUGAGGAUAUUAAGACGAAACUAGGAAGUAAUGACCACAUAACAUCAAAACACGCCACUUUAAACUACGAGGUUAAAAACAUGAAGAACAUCGUAUGCGAGACGGAAGAGCGAUGCGACAAGUUGGAUCGGACUUUACAUCAGACCAUGCAAAAUUUGUCGGACUUGGAGGGCCAAAUAGCCAUGCAACAACGCAUAGCCAGUGUGCAAAACAUAAAAGGCCAUUUAAUUUGGCGCAUCAAGGACUAUUCCAAGAAACUGGAAGACGCCAAGCAGUACGACACUAUCUUGCACAGUGCCAUGUUCUCCAACAAAGCCUUUGGAUAUGCCCUUCGGUUGGAUAUCUACUUGAAUGGAAAGGGUACCUGGAAGGGACGGAAUCUGAUUGCCUGCCUCAACGUCCUUACCGGUGAAUACGAUCCACUUCUGGCAUGGCCCUGCCGGUUGCAGGCUGAGAUUGUGGUCCGCGAUCAGAGCUCGAAUAUAUCAGAAGCCCAGGACUACAUCAAAUCGAUUUUCGUGCGUAAAAAGAGCGACGACUAUAUACACAGCAACCAGUAUUUCCACAUUCCCCACAAGGUUAUCGCCAGCCGCAACUACCUACGUAAUGACUCUCUAUUUAUCGAGGUUCGAGUAUUAAAAUAAUACAUUCGUAGGCCCUCCGCCAUUCCCAUUGGUUCUUAAAUAACGAAACAUACACAUACUUACAUAAAAAAAACCAUACAAUAUGGGAUCCUGUGGUUUUUGAAGUUAAAAAGGUUUACCAUGUAUAUAAAUACCGUACGGUUUUAAAAAAAUCAAUUUGACUAAAAUCGAUAAGUUGUUAAAUAUUUUAUUUUAAUAAAGGCUAAAAAGUUCAUUAUGAAGAGCA